CAGCUAUUAUAAAAGCCCAAGAGAUAGCAGCACCAUCGCAACAAUUUCCACCAGAGCCUUGCAUCUCGCUAUUACUGUUGAUAUUAUAGAUUGUGGUGCCAGAAUACAGGAGUUUUAAAUUGUUUUCAACGAGAAAUUAUUUAUUUUAGAGGAAGAGAUGGGGUACCGGUGUCAGCAGCCAUGAUUCUGCUAAGGCGUCGCCUGCUGCUGAUAGUGCUGCCAUUGGCUGUGCUACUGUCAUUGCUGCUGUUUCGACAAGUUUCUGAGACCACCUAUUCUGUCAGACAGAAUAGUGAAGAUACCAGUAUAGCCUCCCGGCUGACUGACAACCGCAAAGAACACGGUUUUACAUCAUCUUCACUGAGGGUAGUACACCUGGACCUGAAGGGUGCACCCCCCAAAAUCUCGUACCUGCUACAGUUGCUCCCCUUACUGGCAGCUAAUGGAUGUACAGGGCUGCUUAUCGAGUACGAGGACAUGUUCCCCUACCAGGGUAGUCUGGUUAACAUUUCUGCCAAGAACGCGUAUACCCAACAACAGAUAAUUGAGCUUGUGUCCUGGGCUCAACACCUGGGACUAGAGGUGAUCCCCUUGAUCCAGACCUUCGGUCACAUGGAGUUUGUGCUGAAACUUCCAGAGUUCCGACAUCUGCGGGAAUUGGACACAUUUCCUCAGGAGGUAUGUCCUCGGGCUUCUGGCACCCUGGACCUUCUGCAGGAGAUGAUCCGUCAGGUUAUGGGAUUACACAGCAGGGCACGAUACUUGCACAUCGGCUGUGACGAGGUGUAUCACUUGGCUGUGUGCCCCAGGUGUACCCACUCCGGUCGAGGUGGCAGGGAAAUCUUUACAGAGCAUGUGACACAGGUGGCAGAACUGGUUAAGUCAGAAUACCCUGAGGUUACCCCUAUAAUCUGGGAUGAUAUGCUGCGACGUUGGGACCCUGUAUAUCUCUCUAGGAGCUCUCUGGGAGUGCUGGUAGAGCCCAUGGUAUGGGCCUAUAGUGAUAAUAUCACUCGGUUGGUGCCCCAUUACUUGUGGUAUUGGUACUCUAAGACCUUCCCUCGUAUCUGGGUUGCAGGAGCAUUCAAGGGUGCCAACCUUCCCACCUCAGUCCUCCCUGAUGUCCGCCUCCAUUACAACAACCAGAAAUCUUGGCUGCGAUUUCUUGCCAGAAGCAACACUGAUACCAAGAUUGCUGGGUAUGUCUUGACCGGCUGGUCAAGGUAUGACCAUUUUGCAAUCCUCUGUGAACUUCUUCCUCCCUCCAUCCCUUCCCUAUUGCUCAACUUAAUUCUUGUAUCUACACAAGAAAGUGACAACAUAGUCUUAGAUAUGUGGAAACGGACUUUGAAAUGUGGACCAAGAUCAAAGCUUACAGUUGACCUUAUGUCUUCAAACCACAGACCUCUAGCUCUAGAUUGUUCUUUCCCCGGUCUGAAAGCAUUCCUUGUGACUUCUAAGUACAUGAGUUUAAAGUCAAAAGUAGACCACUUCUAUAAAGUCGUUACUGAACAGAAAGCCUGGAUGACUCCAUACAAUGUGAAGUACAAUUUUACAAGUCCAUAUCGUGUUCUGGAAGAAUACCGUUUGACUGAAGGCUACCAAUUGAUAAAAGAGAUCAAAAGAUUUAGAAAUGAAACUAAAGACACUUUUUCAGAGUUUUUUGAUGAUCAUACUAUUGAGGAAUGGAUUGAGCAGAGAAUUGUGCCAAUGGAUGAGAAACUCACUUACCUGGAGACUAUUAGUAACAAACUUCUGUUGAAAAGAACCUGGCCAAGACGGCCUUUUUCUUAAAUUUAAGAAUAUUAGUACUUAAGGCAAUAAAAGUUUUGUAACUAAGGGACCAAGCAGAUUGUGUACAUAAUUUGAAUAUUAAUUAGUAUUAAUGUUUGUAUAUUUAAUUUCCUUCAUAAGGAAUUGAUGUAUUCAAGAAUUUUUUAAAAUAAUAUCGUAACAUUGUAUAGUGUAAUAUUAAAUAAUAAAAUGUAAUACUUUUUUACCUAUA